AUGCAAAUCCCCAGAGUGCGUCAGACCUUUAGUGCGCAGCCGUUAUUGCAGGGUCCAAAUGCUCGAUUGCAGCAAUCGCAGCACUCUCUUGCGUCAGAUCCAACCAUUCGACGUUUAGUGGCGUUGAUCAAUCGAGUGACUAUCUUCAAACGGAGUGUUCCUGAAACUUUGACAAGAGAUAUCCUAGCUGGGCCAACUUUCGUCGAACCGCAGCUCCAAGACUGUUUGAACGUGAACAAUCCAACUGUGGCGUUUUGUGCCCUUCGAGUGGUUCAUCCGGAUCUUUUCCAUGGCUCGAAGAUACUAGUAUUCUGGCUCACUCCGCGGAUGACGUUGAAUUUUGCUAACGCACACUCUCACUAUUCACCGUCUGAGAAACUGCGGCCCUUCUAUGGCGUUCAUGUCAAUGUCAUUCACGUGUUCCGAUACCCUCAUUACAUGGUUCCCUUCUCCGAACGCAAACAGGUCUUUCCCCAGACCGAACGUUUAGCGAGUCACGCUUCAAAUGUCCCAAUGAUCGUAUCGACUCCAUCUAUAUCAUUGUCAAUUUCACAAAUCUCUUCACUCUACUGCGCUCCGCAGGAGUUUCAAGACAAAAACGAAGCAAGAGAACGCUGCGGAGACUCUGACCAUAUGCUCAACAAGGAAGCUCUUCCCCGUUGCACAUCUCGUAUUUUCAUCGAUCAAUCGAGCAUUAUGGGAAAGUAA